UUUUGUAUGUUUAUUGACUCUGUACUCAGAGUUCUAGUUCCAGCGAAUCAAGUCGUUCCAAAAGAUGAUAACUCGCGAGGAUAUCGUUGCCCUUGAAGAGCGCUGUCUGGAGCAAAUUCGUGAGGAUAAUCUCUAUUCGCUGAGAAACGAUGCCAAGCUACGGGCGGUAUUAUCUUCUAAAAACUAUGAAGAGUUUAAAAACAUCGUCGAUUCAGCGCACUUGACGCCCCUUAGCGCCAGCGACAAGAAUAAUCCCAAAACGAAGCACCGCAUUUGGAACAGUUCUUCGCGCGAUUAAUUUCGUUAGUUGUAUGGGGUUGAAUAAAUACGUU